AUGAAGAAAGAAUUAGGUAAACCAUCAUAUCACUGUGAUAUCUGUGAUAAAUCAUUCUCUAAGAAAGAUAAAAUGACAGCUCACAAAUGCAUUUGCAUUGUUAAAAAACCACAUGAUUUUAAUACCUGCAAGGAAAACCCUUUUCAUUGUGAUAUCUAUGGUAAAUCAUUCCCUGAAAUUUAUAAGUUGAAUGUACACAAACGAAGUCAUCCAGGAGAAAAACCAUAUUACUGUGCCUUCUGUAGUAAAUCAUUCUCUCAAAAUAGUAACUUGGCUACACACAAACGUAUUCAUACUGGAGAAAAUCCAUAUCACUGUGAUAUCUGUGGUAACUCAUUCCCUGUAAUUUAUAAGUUGACUAGACACAGACGUAUUCAUACAGGGGAGGAACCAUAUGCCUGUAAUAUCUGUGGUAAAUCAUUCUCUCAAAAUUUUAACUUGACUAGACACAAACAUAUUCAUACAGGAGAAAGACCAUAUCGCUGUGAUACCUGUGGUAAAUCAUUCUUUCAGAAUUGUAACUUAACUAGACAUAACCGUAUUCAUACAGGUGAAAAGCCAUAUCACUGUGAUAUCUGUGGUAAAUCAUUCUCUGAUGGAGCUGGAAUAAAUAUUCAUAAGCGUAUUCAUACAGGAGAGAAACCAUAUUACUGUGAUAUUUGUGGUACAUCAUUCCCUCGAAGGGAUAGUUUAAUCAAGCAUAAAUUUAUUCAUACAGGAGAGAAACCAUAUCACUGUGAUAUUUGUGGUAAAUCAUUCCCUCGAAGGGAUAGUUUAAUCAAGCAUAAAUUUAUUCAUACAGGAGAGAAACCAUAUCACUGUGAUAUUUGUGGUAAAUCAUUCCCUCGAAGUCGUUGCUUAACUAGACAUACAGGCAUCCAUAAGCAAGAGUUACUAUCAAUAGCAAAAUUUACUUAAGCCUUUCACUCUCUAAAAAACAUAGACCUUCAAAGAUUUGUUGUUAUCGUCCCCAACUCUGCGCUAUCUUUUUCUCUCCUAGGUCUUGUUGGUUUUGAAUUUAUGUCAAAGUUCUUUAAGUUUGCUUUAUUUCUAGGUAGAGGUGAAGGCUCUACACACAAACCCAUUUUUACCUUUAGGUAGAGAUGGUCCAUAUAAGUUUGGCCUCUAUCAUUUGACAUGUCCAGCAUUACAGGCCUUGGCAAAAGCCUAUGCCUCUCUUGCCAUAUUUUUUAGGGUUAUUACUCACAGAAACUAAAUACAGUACACUAAAUGUAAUAUUCAAGUUUUUAUGAUUAAAUAGAGUUCAUUUUUUACUUAUUCAUAAAAUUAGUAAUUUUUCUGGUAAUUUCUCCUGUGUGAACACGUUUAUGAGUUAAAGGAUUCUUCUAAGAGAAUGGUUUGCCAUACAACAGUGAUAUAUAAAAGUAAUUUAACUAAAUGUAUGCAUUAGUAAUGGGCUUUUGUUGAUUUGUUUCUAGUGAUCCACUGUCUCCAAAUUGGUAUUGCUUGUACAGGGUCACAGUGUGCUUCAUGUCAUGUGAUCAUUGUCAUUUAAUGUCCGUGUUCUAUAGUCGCACAAAUUAGAUUGAGACGACUGGAUUCAGCAAGCUGCAACACUACUUCAAGCUCCAGUGCCAGUUUUGACAUAUUUUCUAUGGUUGGAUGUCCUUUCCAAUGCACAACACUUUACACAAUGUACUGGAUGCAAACUCUCAAGAUAGAAAGGUUGAGCAUAAGAGAAGAUGGCGACAGUGGGUGGUGGUGGGAGGGGAUGAAAGAAUGGACGCUUGUAUAAGGGUAUGGGUGAGGAGCAAUGGCUGAUUGAAGAUUGGGGUAGAGAUGAAUAAAGGUGGUGGUUCAGUUGAAGGUAAAUACCAGUAUGGAGAGGAAACAUGAGAGAUAUAGGAGCAUGUCAGGAAGUAGUGGGAUAAUGUGCAAUGUGUAGGAGACAUGGAUAGGGAGAUAUAGAAGUACAUAAGGGGCUAUAGUAAGUGGGACAUGGUGAUAGAUAUGAGAAGGGAUUGAGAAUGAUGGCAGAUAGGUGUUAAGAUUGGAGACUGGCAGAGGGGUUAAGAGCAGUGGCUGAAGGCACUUUCAAAGACAGAACAUUUCUAGUGCAUUAAUUCUGAAUUUACAUUCUUGUAUCUGACUAUAAUUUUUCAUUUGAACCUAUCAUCACAGGUGCAUUAGACUAUGUAUCUACAGACUUACAUGUACAAACCAAGAAGUGCAAGGUUUCCCAUAAAAUGACAUGGUCUCCAAAUGCAAUCUGUUAGCCACACAGAGAAUGUUUAUCAGAGAUGUAGCAGAUUCGAAGUGGAAUUGACAGAUUGCCAAGUGAGAGUCAUGGCCAUUUGAUAUGAUCGGCCGAUUAAAUGACUAAUCAGCAUUGAUCUAUCACAUGAAGCAACUGUAAUGAGACCAAUUUCUAUUAUUGCCUAUUGAAGACAUUUGACUUAAUCAUGUCAGUGAUUGGUUAACAUACCUACCAUGUGAGUAUUUGGACAUUUGUUGAGUCCUGUGUUGUGAUUGGUUGAGUGUUGUGCAGGAAGUUGAUCGAAGGUCCAAUCACAUUGCAUGUAACAUAUUUCAAACAAUUAAUCCUGCAUAUGUUCUGGAGCCUCCUUUUUUCCCCCAUAAAUUGGUGCAACAAAUUAUUUAUGAGUUAGACGGGUGAUAGUUUUUCAUCAAGGUGAGUUAUGCAGAUCCUGCCAUUUGCCAGGAAAUUUAAUCUAUAAUGGAUCCCAUGUAACCAAUGACAACCCAAGCUGAAUUAUCAAAAUGAUGGGUGAACAACAACAGAAUUUGUAAUGUUUCUUGCUUUGGUCCACUGUAGCACUUUACAAAGGAAUGAAGUCUCACUGUUAUUUUAAAGUUGGUUUCUUUUGUUAUUUCUAUGAACAAACCCCUAAGAUAUAUUAUACAAUGAUAUACAUGAUUCUUUAGUACAACCAAGGGAGACUUUAAACCAUCAUAAAACAAAUUUCUAGAACCUAUUGUAACGAAGCUUAUAAAUAAAUGUUUUGGAUCUCA